AUGACUGGAAUAUUUCAUACUAUUCGUGAUCCUACAUUUCCUGGACAUACGCCAACGUUCAGUAAUGUAUCUAGCGAAAUCCCCAUAGUGAUUGACAAUGGAUCCUGGCAACUUCGUGCUGGAUGGGGUGGAGAAAAGGAACCUCGGCUGCAAUUCGACAAUCUCAUGUCUAGAUACAGAGACAGAAAGCUUUCCAGAACUUCCACACUUGUGGGAAACGAUACUUUGAUUGAAGUUGGUGCCCGUUCGAUAGCACGAUCCCCUUUUGAGCAAAAUGUUAUCAAUAAUUGGGACGUUAUGGAAAGUGUACUUGAUUACACUUUUUUGAAACUUGGAAUUGAACAUCAAGAUCAUCCUGUUUGUAUGACUGAACCUUUCAUGAACCCGGCAUAUAGCCGCUCCACAAUGACUGAGCUACUAUUUGAGUUAUAUCAAGUUCCUUCGGUUGCAUAUGGUGUCGACGGCCUUUUUUCCUUUUAUCAUAAUGCUGGUAAAGACUCUAGUGGUGUAGCUCUAAACCUCGGGCAUUCAACUUCUCAUGUUUUACCUAUCUUGGACGGCCAGAAACUUGCUCAUGAAGCCAAACGUGUCUCAUGGGGUGGUGCUUCCUCAUCAUCCUACUUGCUCCGUCUUUUCCAAAUGAAAUAUCCAUUUUUCCCAAUAAAGAUGCUUCCUUCUCAAGCUCAAUUAUUAAUGCAUGAUUAUUGCCAUAUAUCUCCGGAUUAUAAUGCCGAGGUCUCUCGUGUACUGGACAAGGACGUUCUGUCUCGAGAGGACGUUGUUUUGCAAUUUCCUUACGCGGAAGCAGUAGCUCAAGAAAAAUCUCAGGAGGAACUUAACCAAAUUGCUGAAAGAAAGAGAGAAAGUGGACGACGACUCCAAGCGCAAGCUGCAAUUAAAAGAAAGGAAAAAGCUGCUGAGCGGGAGAAAGAACUCAAUACGCUUCGGCGCUUACAAGAGCAAAGCAGUGUCCUUUCAAAACGAGACUAUCAAAAGGUGUUACAAGAAGCUGGGUUUUCCGAUGAAGCUCAGUUGAAGGCUCAAUUGAAGAACGUGCAGUCUAGAAUUCGUAGGGCCGAGAGGGAUGCUUUACGUCAACAUCAGCAUCAACAAGAGGAUCCUGAAGCUGAUCUUGCAGAUGUUGAUGUAGAGCAAGCAUUCCCCUUGGUGAAUGUCCCGGAUUCUGAUUUAGAUGAAGCUGGGCUUCGUCAAAAACGAAAUCAGAAACUCUUAAAGGCAAAUUAUGAUGCCAGGAUGCGUGCAAAAGCUGAUAGAGCAAUCGAGGAGGCUGUUUUACACGAAAAACAGGAAGCUGACGAACAGCUACGAAAGGAAAGUUUUUCGGUUUGGGUCAAGCAAAAGCGUGAAUUGCAUAAACAUCUUUUGGACAAAAUUCAGGAAAAUCGAAGACUGAAAUCUGAGCUCAACGAUCGUAAGUCGCACACUUCACAAAUGAGAAUGAAAAGUCUUGCUACAUUAGCUAGCGAACCCGUUCAAAAAAAAAGACGAAAAGGACAAUCAGAAGAUACUUUUGGUGCUAGUGAUGAAGAUUGGAAAGUUUACCAUGAUGUUUUGAACGCCGAGCAGUUAGAAGAUGAAGGAAAACGUUUUGUGGAGGAAAUUUAUGCAUUAGAAAAACAACAAUUGGAGUACGAUCCUUUAUUUCGCCCGGAAAAUACAUACGAUGCUCUUAACGACCCCAAAAGUACUUUACUCUAUGCAUUCACACGAGGAGUCAGUCCUUUUGAUCCGGAAAGCGUUGCUCAUUCAUUCCAGCUUCACUUUAACGUUGAACGCUUGCGAGUUCCAGAAGUUCUUUUCACUCCGAGUAUUGUCGGCUUAGAUCAAGCUGGAAUUGUUGAGAUCAUUCGCGGCAUUUUGCAAAGACAUAGUACGGAAGAACGGGACAAGCUUAUAAAAAACAUUGUUGUAACUGGAGGACUUUCAAAAUUUCCUGGAAUUGUUAAGCGCGUUGAAAAUGAGUUAAUGAGUGUAUUACCGGUUGGUUCUCAAUUGAAUGUGUACAGUGCAUCCGAUCCUUUGCUGGAUGCAUGGAAAGGAGCCUCUGAAUGGAGUGUUACUGAAGAGUUCAAGAAUAUUUCUAUAUCUCGAGCUGAGUAUCAAGAGAAAGGACCUGAUUACCUGAAAGAGCAUGCAUUUGGUAAUCCUCUUCCUUAA